GGCAGGCAGCCUUACUGAGGGGGAAACACCUCAGAGAGGGGUGAUCAGAGUGGGCAGCUUUACUGUGAAAGAAGACGUGUUAGAGUGGGGAAAGCAACCUCACUGAACAGACAAAAAGGCAGGAAAAGUUCACUGGGGGCCACCGCUGCCUCAGAGAUAGGAGAACUGUCUUAUCAAGCUAUUUUCUUUUGUGAACAUGGAAACCACAUGCUGCCAGACAUUUCUAUCCAUGUCAUCAGAUGAAACCGAAGGCUACCCUCAUCCAAAGCGAAUUAAGAUAGAAAAUAGUAGGGAAAGGAUAGAGAAAUGGGAGCAACAUCAGUUAGAGCAAAGAACAUUAUGUGUGGGUGAACAUACAUACUCAUCAAAUGAACCUAUAUAUGUAUCAGAAGGAUCAUAUAAUUUAAGUCAACAUGCUUGGAGAUUAGAAAAGGAAAGCAGUGAUACCGAAAAGAAAAGUAGGACAAGUCAGUUUACAUAUUUUAAACCUUGGAUUAAUGACAAAUUGAAAUGCAGACUCUUAGAAAAUAAACUGUUCACUAAGUCAUGGAAUCCUGAGAAUGCAGACCAGAAUAUUUUAAAAGAUGACACUUUUUUGAAUGAAUGUGGACAACUUUCCAGCGCAAGCUUAUACAACAUAUGGAAUGUUAACAAAAAAUGGAAAAGUCUAUAUGAAAUAAAGUCAUUCCAGGGAGAGCUGAGCACAAAUAUAGACAAAAAUAAUAACAAGAACAGUGAUAAUGAACUCAAAGGGAAUGCUUCAGUUUCAUCUUUAAACACAACCUUGUUUCAGGUAUCAAGUCAGAAAAUUGACACUGAUGAAAAGUUGAAAGAACACCAGUUUUUAGAUGUUCCAUUUUUAUGUAGCAUUAAUUCUGUAUACCAAGAAACAGAGAAUAAGGACAGAAACAAUUGUCUGAAAAAACUGCCCACAGAGGAAAAUAAUGAGCAACUAGAUAAAAGAAAAAGAAAAUCAUUUAUACUUCCUAUCUUAAACUGUUUUCAGAGUAGACAAACUUUGGAAAUCCUUCAUUCUAAAUUUUUUGUGAAUGAGAACAUACAUAAAUUUCCUAGUGUGUCAAAUACAUUAAAUAAAAAAAUUCUAUCCAGUAAUUUGAAAAUGCAAGAGAAAAACAUUAAAAAUCAAACAUAUGUAAUGCAACAUGAAAAGGUUUGCUGUUCCCAAAACAUCUCUGAGAAAGAAAAGUUGCAAAAUGAUAACAGUGCUGUGAAUGCUUCUUCUGUUCGUUCAAAAUGUAAUGAAUGUAAUCAUCAAUCUAUCAAUAACCAAGUUCCUGGGUCUUUAGCAGCGGAUGUGAAAAAAAUGCAUGUGGCUAAUUUCAGGUACAACUGUGAUAAUAUUGAGUGUGAUUUAAUGUUUGCUGAAAACAAUUUUGAGGGGAAACAACUUAAGAAUUCAGAUAGUGGUGAAGAGCAAGAACCAGACAACCUAAGAAUUCAUACGUACAUUGGCUCUGGAAAAUCUCAAAACAACAGAUGUUACAAGUCUAUCAAUAUUUUGAAAUGCACAUUGGGAAAAGUCAGUUGUGAGAAUGUGGAGAUAUUUAAUAUAAAAAAUACAACUAUUCCAUUGAUAACAGAAAUAUUAAGGAAAGACAUUUUAAACAUAAAUUAUGAUAUGGACUAUUCUAAUUAUAAUAUGCAUGUAGAAUCAAUACUUUCUUCAACAAAAAUAAUUGACAUUAAGCCACACUCAACUACACAUGUUGCAACUGAAGGUAAUUGCCCUUAUAAUCCUGGGCAGGAUUUCCUGUAUUCAAGAGACACUUGCAAUGUAUUGACUGGAAAAAAAUUGUCAGAACAAAAAAUCUGUUUUCAUGACAUGUUAUUUAGAGGUUUCAAAGCAUGGCCUUCAUAUAAAGAUGUGCACAAAUAUCAAGAGGUUGACAUUAUCAUAAGCUGGAAUCUUUUGUAUGAAAUUUUAAAGUCAAAAGUACAAUACAUCAUUUUAGAGGUAAUACCAAGUAUUUGUAAUAACAGUAACAAUAGUGAUACACAGAUUAAUUUGCAAGCUAAGCUGGAAUAUAAAAAUAUGACAACAAUAACAAAUUGUGCUUCUUUUUUUGGUAUUAUAAGUGGUUUACAUCCAAUUGAAGAAAAAUGUACACAAGUGGAGAAAUAUGCUUUAUAUUGCAGAAAACAAAUACAAUUUAACAUGUCCUUGAAUAAUAGUUGGACCAAAAACACACAAUCUCAACCAAUUUACAAAACUUAUCCAAGCAUACGCAAAGAAAAUAUAAACUGUAAAUUAAUGAAAAACAUAAUUUAUGAAUUGCAUCACAACACGCAUUUCUCUAGAACUAUAGCUAAAAAGGAGGAUUCCUAUGUUCUAACUACAGAAACUUUGUUUCAUAAACAGCAAAGAAAAUCACCUAAAGGAAAAUGUGUUACACAAUACUGUCUUUUAACCAAUGAGGGUAUAGAAAUACACAAUCCUGUUUCAAUGUUUAAUAGUGAAGGGAAAGAUAUGAGCCUGAUAUUGCCAGAUGACAAUUUUGAUAGCUUUUGCCUGUGGAAAACAUUUUGGUGUAAUACCAAAAAAAUACAGGAUCUGACGAAAAUAAAAUUUAGACUGAAUUAUUUACCUUCUGUUUCACAAAUGAAAAUUGAGAAGUUAAGUAGGAAAUGUUCAAAUCUGCAUAAGCCAGUGGUUACAUUAAAACAGAAGAAGAAACAGAAACAAAUCCAAAUAUACAAGAGUAGCCAUUUUAUUAGAGAAAAAUUGAAAACUUUGCAUUUUGUUUUGAGUGCAAAUAAAAAAUUCAAAACCAGGGUACUCAGAAUAAGCUUUACAAAUGAAGCUAGAUAUUUUUUCCCCAAAUUUCUGAGAACAGCUACAAAAGUAAGCAUUGACAAAAAAGACUAUUGCAAUUGUAGAGAAUUGCCAAGAAAUUCCUGUAAUCUUGCUACUCAAAAAUGUAUUUCUUUGAUUUUUGACACAUAUGAAAAAAUCCCUCUUAGUACUGAUUCUGAGGAAUUAGAUCAGAUUCAAUUUACAAAACAUGUUAAUUCUAACAAUGAAAUUUGUAUUGAAGACAGAAAAGUCUCCAGUUUAACAAAUAUGUAUCGUGUCCCUGAUAAAUCAAAUGAUGCUCUUCUUCUCCCUGGAUUGCCACCAACAAUGGUAGCAACAUGUAGCUCUCUGUUACAACAAGGCAGUGAAAGAAACAAAACGGAAUAUCCAAAAGAUAUAGAUCCCCAUAUCUACUAUUUAGAAAAUGAAUAUAAAUAUGUAAAUUUCCCUGCUAGUGGUAUCAAUUUUGGAAACAUAGGUUUUUCAGGUGAUAGACAGUGUGACACCUCUGCAUUCCACAGUGGUUCUCUUCUGGGUGAGGAUAAAAUGAAAAAAUCUGGAGAGAGUAAAUGCAGGAUUUCCCUGAGUCAUCAUACAAAAAUUCAAUAUGAAGAAAUUAACAGUAUUGUACAAUACCCAGCUGUAACAAAUUCUGCUGUAUCUGAUAACAGCUUAUACUCUAAAACUCAGGGGGAGGAAAUGACAACUUUUUCUCUAUAUGAAGACAUUCAGACAGACAGUAAUUUUGGCACAUUCAAUUCAGAGCCAAUGACUAUGACACAAAAUCUUGAAUAUUUAAAUGAGGAGGGAGAAAUAAGUGCAAAGCAAAAUUACAUAACUCAGAAAAAUCAAAAACAGACUGAAAUGAAUGGAAAUACAGCAAUUGGCUUAAUUUUGUCACAUUCAGAGGAUGAAUCUGAAAUAUGCCAUGCUUCAGGAGAAAAAUUAAAAACACAUUUUUCUAUAAAGAACAAUGGAUGCUUGGAAGAUGUAGAAGAUUCAAAAAGAAAAAAUAUAACUGAAUUUGAACUGAAGAGCAAAUUUGAUUUAGUCUUAGAAGAGCUUUGUGUAUUUCAUGAAAUUAGUAAAGAAAAUGAAAAUAAUAUAUCCAAAGUAGAAACAAACAUACAAGAACAUUCUUUUGAAUUAAAUAAUUCUGUGGAGAUGGAAGAAAAUUUUCAAAGCAUUUCUCAAAAGAAAGUAUGCAUUUCCUCUCCAAUCUGUGGUAUUAUAGCAGAGGAAAAUAUAAAUAAGCAAAACCAAAGUUCACUGAAGGAAAAACCAACUAGAAAUGGAGGGCAGGAAGAACAUGAAUCUUGUUCUUCAGAUAUGCCAGAUGAAGAAUUGCUUUACACACCUGACAAAGCUUGUAAAAAGGUGCACCCAUGGAAUCCUGCUUUUUCAUCUCAUUCGUUCAAGGAAGAAAAUUUCAAUUUCCAGAAACAAAGAGGAUAUUAUUUGCCACAUGAAAUUGUACGAGUUCACCCUCUUAAAACAUGCAACGGACCUAUCAGGAUUGGGCUUUCAAGAAAAGCUAAGACCAGACAGCUUCAUCCAUAUCUGAAAUAAAUUUGCAGAUUAUUUUACCAACGUUGUACUAGAAUACAGAAAAUUGUACUAGAACACUACGGAUUACUUUGCCUGAGAAUUGUUGAAAUAUUUUUAGGUUGUUAAAAUGGAUAGUUAACUGUUUCUUUAAUUUUAACAUAUUAAUGCUCCUGUACCAUUUGGUGGUUUAUUUAGAUAUGCUUUUGUGAAUAUUCAGCAAUGGAGAGAUUUUUGAUGAAUAUUUAUAAGGAAAAAUGGUAAUGGGAAAAUAAGAAACUAUUAAAGUUUAUGUAACAUUUUAAAAUCUGAUGCAUGUAUUUUUCAUGAUGUAUUAAGACCAU